GCAACCUUUGCCCGUUUUGUUUUUAUUCCGUUUUCGCCUUGUUAUUGUUAUUCGAUUGGAUUUCUUAUGUGGAAUUUGUAGAUUUUAAAGCAACCGGCCGCACGAUGAAUGUCCUGAGGCGCCUGGACCGCCUCCUCGCACCUUCCGCCCGCCGCCGCGCCGUCGUCUCCACGUGCCUGUGGCCCCGCAGGAGCCAAACGACCACGAGCUCCUCUGGAAAUCCCAGCUCCUCCGGGAAUCCGAUCUCCAAUGCCACCGUGAACGCCGCCGAGGUGCGCGGCGUGGCGCAGAUUCUUCGCCAGCAGCAGGGCAACCUGGGCCAGCCCACCAGCGUCUCGCAUCCGCAUCUCAUCCGGCCGGAGGAGCUGGUUCCCGGCGUGGAGCUGGCCGAGAUCAAGGAGCGCCGUGCGCAGCUCAUGCAAAACAUACGCGCCUAUGCGCGCAGCUUUGGCGGCGAGUUCAACGGCCACUCGAGUCCCAAUCACAUGUUCGUUUUGGGCGCUGGAACCAAGAAAUACAUGAGCGGCAAGAUCCCCUAUGUAUUCCGUCAGAACUCGGACUUUUACUACCUCACCGGCUGCCUGGAACCGGAGGCCGUGCUCCUGCUGACCAUCGACGAGGCCCAGAACGUCCAGUCCGAGCUGUUUAUGCUGCCCAAGGAUGCGCAUGCUGAGCUGUGGGAUGGUCCACGAACGGGACCUGAACUGGCGGUUCCCCUCUUCGGCGUCACGGAGGCACAUCCGUUGUCCAAGCUCCAGGCGGUGCUGGAGAAGCGAGCCGCGGCCUUGAAACCCCACAUUUGGUUCGACCAGAAGACCAGUGACCUUCCCUCGCUAGCCGAAAACAUGCUGCGUUUGAGCGGCUCCCAGCAGCGUCCCCUGCUGCCCGCCUACACUUUUAUAGAGGCCAUGCGACUGCUCAAAUCCCGCGCCGAAAUGCAGCUAAUGCGUCGCACCUGCGACAUAGCCUCGCGCUCCUUCAACGAGCUGAUGGCGGAGACGCGACCGGGCCAAUCGGAGCAUCACCUGUUCGCCGCCAUCGACUACAAGUGCCGCAUGCGCAACGCCAGCCAUUUGGCCUAUCCGCCGGUGGUGGCCGCCGGCAGGAAUGCCACUGUAAUUCACUACGUAAGCAAUAGCCAGUUGAUUGGACCCGAGGAUAUGGUGCUAAUGGAUGCGGGCUGCGAGUAUGGCGGCUACACGAGCGACAUAACGCGCACUUGGCCGGCCAGUGGUCGCUUUACGGAUGCCCAGCGAACGCUCUACGAGAUGCUGCACCAGCUGCAGGGCGAAAUCAUUGCGAAUGUGAUGCAACCGGGCGGCGAGACCCUCGAUCAGUUGUUCGAAACCACCUGCUACAAGUUGGGAAAGUAUCUGCAGGAAAUCGGACUGGUCGGCAAGUCGGUGAGCGACUACAAGGAGCUGGCCGGCCAGGGAUAUCGCUUCUGUCCGCACCACGUCUCCCACUACCUGGGCAUGGAUGUCCACGAUACGCCGCAUGUGCCGCGCAACACGAGGAUUGUGCCCGGCAUGGUCUUCACCGUGGAGCCGGGCAUCUAUAUUGGCCAGGAUUGCGGCGAUGUGCCGCCCGAAUUCCGCGGCCUGGGCCUGCGCAUCGAGGACGAUCUGCUGGUCAACGAGCGCGGCCAGGUGGAGGUGCUAACGCAGGGCUGCGUCAAGGAGCCGCGCGAAUUGCAGGCACUAUCAUCGAAUUCCUAGUCAUAAAGGCAGCUGGUGUAUUUUAGAUUGUAAAUACAUGGUAAAUCACAGCUUGGCGAA